GUUCUAUAAUUCAAGAAAAAUCCAAAUUUGAAUUUCAUUUUCGAAAGCCCCUUUUCCUUGGAUUACGCCUUAAUCUUUCCUUCUUAAUACCCACAUUUUCUCUGAUUCUCUCUCUUUAUGUUUUGAGUCUAUUCCCAAGAUUUGUUUUUUUUUCAAUUUGAGAAGCUAAACAAAAUUUAAUAACAGCAAAAAAGAAGCAGAAGAAAAUGGCGACGAAUAUAGGGAUGAUGGAUAGUGGUUACUUUGUUGGAAGAAAUGAGAUUUUAACGUGGAUCAAUAACAGGCUUCAGCUCAAUCUCUCUCGCAUUGAAGAAGCUGCAUCUGGUGCUGUACAAUGUCAGAUGAUAGAUAUGACCUAUCCAGGAGCUGUGCCAAUGCACAAGGUGAAUUUUGAUGUAAAAACAGAAUAUGAUAUGAUCCAAAAUUACAAGGUUCUGCAAGAUGUAUUCAACAAGUUGAAAAUUGAUAAGCAUAUUGAAGUCAACAGACUUGUUAAAGGUAGACCUUUGGACAAUUUGGAGUUCUUACAAUGGCUGAAACGGUAUUGUGAUUCUGUCAAUGGUGGAAUCAUGAAUGAGAAUUACGAUCCUGUUGAAAGAAGACAUAAAGGUGGAAAAGAGAAGAGCUUGAAGGGUUCUCAUAAGAGCUCAAAAUCUCUGCAAGCAAACAGUCUCCAUAACUCUGUCUGUGGAGAUGCAGCUGCCAUAAAUAAAAACAUUGCUUCCAAUCAAGGGAAGAUUUGUGUAGCAGCAGCUUCAAGUGACAUCCGGGCUUUUUCCAAGGAGGUAACUGAUUUGAAGCUCUCGGUUGACCUUUUGGAAAAGGAAAGAGAUUUUUACUUUGCUAAAUUGCGGGACAUUGAAAUGCUUUGUCAGACUCCCAAAGUGGAGAAUAACCCGAUGGCAGUAGCAGUAAAGAAAAUAUUGUACGCAGCUGAUGCGAACGAAUCGGCACUCAAGGAAGCUCAAGAGUACAUUUGCCAAUCUAUUGAUGAUGGUGAAACUGAAGAGGAUUGAAGCUUUGAUAAUUGCAGAAACCUGGUAGCUUCUCU